GCACGCCCGGUUACAAAAGCAGCGAACGUCUUGGUUCUGUCCUGCUACCGCCUUUCUCUCUCUCUCUCUCUCUGUGUACGGGGAGACGAACUAUAAUCGAAACAAGGCUUAAGUCGACGUAGGCGCUUCUUUUUAUUAGUGGCUGCACGCGUUCUGACCCCAUCACAUUACAACGCUGUUGUUGCUUUGGAUUCAAUCAGCGCACGUUUCCACCAGCGCACUCACACACCGUAACUACGUGCUUCAAAGAGGCGCUCUCAUUAUAUCCGGGGCAGCAUUUCCCUUUUUUUUCUGGCUGCUGAGCAGCCGAAGGCAAAUAUAUACCUGCUACUCCUCUCUUGACUUUUUGUCAUACAGUCAAAACCAAAAAAGGGACCGGAUAACUUCGUCGACGGUGAGUUAUUAUUAUGAUUUUUUUUCUAAUUCUUAGACUCUCUUGUCUUCCUUCCCUCUUUGUUGAUCUCAUUCAUCGACAGACCUUUCUCGUUUCGUUUAGGCCGUGUGUGUGCACAGGCAACGCUUAAUGGCGAGCAAGACUGUGGCUGCCCUCCGCCAGGAAGGCAAUCAGCUUUUCGAAAGCGGCAAGUUUGCCGAGGCCGCCGGUGUCUUUCGCAGCGCUGUGUCUCGUUUUCAGUCCGAUCGCCGUUCGGACAAAGCGGUGGUGGAUGAGUUCGUCAAGGUGGCGGGAAACCUGUGCGUGUGCCACCACGCCAUGGAUGACUGGAACACCUGCGUCUCCACCGCACGCGAGCUGCUGGCCAUCUAUCCCAUUAUUCCCAAGGCAUACGCCGCCAUUGGCAUGUGCAUCGUGAGCCGCCUCAGACAGCAGGAGGCGGAGCAGCAGAACGAGGAUCUUCUCAACAGUCCAAACAUUCCUCCCCGCUCAGGGGAGGAGGUCCGCCGCGAUGCACGACGGUACCUGGUGAAGCUGGGCGGCGUCCUUUGCACCCCGGACGACGCCCACACGUACCUGUGCCGGGCAAUUCUCCUGUCGGAUGCACAGCUACAGGUGGCGCUUGGCCCCUAUCUCGAGACGGCGGUGCGGUGGGUGAGCGAGGAGCUGCUCUCAGCCGGGCUUUCGCUGGAGCGGGAGUACGGCGACGGCGUCCUUGGCGAGCUGAGUGCACUCGAGUUCUCUCUGGGCGAUGUCCCCGCCCUGCUCGAUACGGCCCCGGUGCUGUCUGAGCAGCAGUCUGUUCGCGUGCUCGAUGCCAAUAGCUUGGCGCUAGGUGAGGGCGCAGCGGCAGGCCAACGAGUGGAAGAGCUGCCGGCGGUGGAGGCGGAAGCAAUCUUGCGCACCAUCCGUGAAGGGCAACUUCUCGCGCAUGGAGAGGAGUCAGAGGCGGGUGCUUCUGACUCUGCCGCUGCUGUGCGACAGGUGGGACCGCCACGUGAGCCGAUUGACUUCUUCCUCUCUCGGAAGCCCAUUCCUGUUCACGUCUGCCAUGCCGAGCGUGGCGGUAUUCCACGCGGGCUGACGCUGGCUCGUGCAAGUGGUCCGUUUGCAGUAGCUCAGCACCUUCAGCUGCCCCUGCCGACCGACCUCGAACCGCUGCCAGUUGGCGCUGCAGCUGGUGUUGGUGUCGAUGGUGCUGACGGCUCGAUGGCGGCGCCGAUGGUGUCGCUGUUGGGUGGAGUUCAUCUUGAGGAAGAGGUGCGUCAUGUGGACCCCAGCGUCGACGGUGUCACGGUGGCAGGAGGAGGAGGCGGCGGCGUUCACGCUUCCUCGAUCUCCCACGCCGCAGUGGCCAUGGACACGUUGUCCAGCACACCCGAAUCGCCACCGCUGCUAGCGUGCAACGCGUGCGGCGCAGAAGUGAACCCGUUGACGCUCGCAGGAUUGCCUCCGACGGGGUGCUCCACGUGUAACGGCGUCGUUUACUGCAGUGCGGCAUGCGCGGCGGCGUACCGACCGCGGCACGAGCGCUACGAAUGUGCGCUGCGGGUGGUGCUGCAGGCGCGAGUAGCGGCAUUGGCCGCGGCAGCCAUAGCCGCAGAACAAUCCUUUACGCAAGAGGAGGCACCGCUGCCCGCGGGCGAGGUUGUCCCAGGGGCGGGGUGGGACUCGCUCGACUUGCAUCGACGAGUGCUGCCGCUCUGCGUCACAGUGUACAGCGGACUGCAGAGUCGCGCCGCGGAGAGCGCAGCCGUGCGGGCGAGGGUGGGGCUGGGUGCGCAGCGUCGUCUAGUGCACUGUCUUCCCUCCGACGUGGCCGACACCUUCACACAGUGGAUUGAGAGUGGCCACUGCAGCGAACUUGCCAGCAACACCACGUCGGAUGAGAGUAACGGGACGUGUGAGGACCAUGAAGGAGCUACAGGAACAGCAGCAGCAGCGACAAUAACAGGCCUCCCCACGUCGACACUCGACGGUUACGGUGAAAGCACCUUCGACGGUACCUCAUCAUCAUCGUCCCUCUCCGCCAUGGAGUUGCUCCACGCAAUCUUUUUCAUGGUGCGCCAGCACGGCGAAGAUCACCCGGAGAGUCGCAGCAGCUCCUUCUACGCUGCGCGCUUGCUGUUGCGCCAUUCCUGUGAGCCGAACUGUGUCUGGUCCGACACACUGCACGGUAUCCUGACGGCGCGAUACAUCUGCAAGGGAGAGGAGCUAACGAUGGCCGUUGUGGAUCACUUUCCGCAGCACUGGCCGUGGCAGAUUCGACAGAAGUGGUUUGUGCAUCAUCAUGGUGUGCCAUGCCAGUGCGCACGGUGCUUACGGGAGGGCGCCGAUCUCAACGACGCACGCGGGACGCUGUCCAACGCGCUCGUCGAGCAGCUCCUCACGGGAGAUAUUCUGGACCACCCAUGCCCGACGCCGGCACAUCAGCACCCGACGCACCUCUUCCACCGACAGGUGCAGCGCCUGGUGGAGCAAAGCAAGUCGCGGCACUGCAACAUACCGGCGCUUUUGCGAAACAUCGACGAACUGCGUGCGCAGCUCCGCGAAUGCGUGUUACCGUCUCACUAUUUACUCGAGGACUUACGACGUGCCCUCAUCAACGUGGCCGAGCGGGAAGGGCAAACGGCUACGGUUACAUCGGAGGGCCAGGAAAGUCUCUUCUUCUGGGAGGCGCUGUGGUCGGGUGCGGUGCCGGCGAAGCGCCUGCAGAUCCGCGUACUCCCAAGCCUCUUCGAGUGUGGCCGGCGGCGACGUAUUCCCCCAACUCAGCAGCGGCGCCGGCGACGCACAUCGGCCGUGGCGGGCGCUGGUGCACCACCGAACCCCACGCGUCAGGAGGAAGGGGCGGCGGGAGGGACAAACGCCACCGCUUCGCCAAGCCCGCCUCCUCCGUUGGAUGGACGCCGGGGCAGUGGCGCUCGAACCCCGCCGCCUUUCAACACUCGUCUCUCGGGCAGUGACGGUGAUGACGAUGCCAGCAAGGCACGCUCCGCAGCGGCGGAAGCGGCGGCGGUGGCCGCGCAGUCGACGCCGCCACGAACGGCCCAGCCACCCCCACUGAUCGCGACGAAGGAUUUUAGCUGCGGUCGCAACGUCGUAGACUUGUUUUACGGGUCGUACCAGACGUGGUACAUGUGA